GGGGAAGACAACCCGGAGAUAGCAGCUGCUUGGAAGAGCAAGACCAUAGUUUGGGCGAGAGAAACUCAAGCCGAGCCAAAAGAGGCUGGAAGCCUAAAUCUAUUUAAUGUCCAUUCUGGCAGCUUUGACAUUGGUAGCCAACCAGGAGGACGCAGUUGGAGGCAGCUUGGUAGGGAGAGACCACCAGGUCGGCUCUGGGGCCGUGCCAGUUGCCAUGGACACCGGGGAUUGUGAAGCUGGUCUGACAGAGGUGGAUGAACUGCCUUGCCCUUCAUCAGCGCUCCCAGUGUUGGCCCCACCCAAGGAGACCCUGCCUGUGACCAGGGCAGAGUCUUUGAUUUCUGCUGGGGUAGAGGAGGAGACCAUAUGUGAAGCCCAGGAAAUGGAAACUGAGCUUAAUGAGGAGCUAAGCUCCCAGGGGGAUCCUGAGGUGGAUGAUGCCAGGGGCGCUGAGCCAAACCCUAUGUCUGGCUCCUCUCUGCCAAAAUCAGAGUCUGAUCCAAAUUUUGAUCCUGAGGAUGAAGCCCAGGGAGAGUCUCUCUUCCCCUGCCCACACUGCGAGCGCCACUUCACCACCAAGCAAGGCCUGGAGCGGCACACGCACAUCCAUGUCUCUGCUAACCUGCACACGCACACCUUCAAGUGUCGCUACUGCGGUAAGCUUUUCGGCUCUCAGGCUGGCCGGCGUCGGCAUGAGCGACGGCAUGAAAGUGGGCUGAAGAAAAGGCCGGGCUCCCUUGCUGGCACUGCGUCCUCCCAGGGCCCCUCCCUGAAGACUGACGGCUUGAGUUCCAACCUCACGGCUACUGACGGCAGCAUCCUCGUCAUGGACUCCCUAACUAGUGGCGUGACCCCAGAGCCCCCGGGUGAAGGCAAGAAAGGGGAGGGUGUGGCUGAGGUGGAGCGGGCCCACCUGUUGGAUGAAAAUGGAGAGUCAAAGGAGCUUCACCUGUGCAAGUACUGUAAGAAGGCCUUCAGCUCCCACACCAACAUGAGGCGGCACCAGCGUAGAAUCCACGAGCGUCACCUGCUGCCCAAAGGCAUCCGCAGGAAAGGCUCACUCCUGCAGGAGGUGCAGCCUGGCCCACAGCAGUCUGCCACGACCCCCCAUGGGUCGCUUGCCGCUAUCCCUCAGCUGGUCUACCAGCCCAGCCAUGAGGUGGAGGACGAGUGUGAUCGGGAAGAAGAAUACAUGGUGGACAUCUCCAGCAACAUCUCAGAGAACCUCAGCCUGUACAUCGAUGGGAAGAUCCUAUCCACGGGCACGGUCAGCGGGUGUGAAGUGAUUGAGGUGGAUGCCGGCUCGGCUGCUCUGCUGGGCCUGAACACCGUGAUCAUCAGCCAGGCUCUGAAGGUGGAGACUGCUUCUAAUGUGAGGAGAGAGGUUCCCAGCACAACCUCCCAGACUUUGAAAAGGAGGACCUCUACUCCGCCUCUGCUGCCCAAAAUCAAAACUGAAUCAGAAUCCUCAUCCUCUUCAGCAUCUUCUUCAUCUUCAUCAGCAUCAUCAUCAUCAUCAUCAUCCUUAGCAGGGACCAUUGCUGCUCCAGCUGUGGAUGGCUUGUCCUUUCCAAAGGAGAAAACUGUGUAUCUCUCCCCAAAACUGAAACAGCUCCUGCAGAACCAGGAGGGCCACAGGUUGACCCCUCCUGCCCCCCGCCUAUCAGUGUCUCCUCUUUCUUCUGGAUCUGGGAGGUUCAAGAGACGGACCACCUCACCCCCCCACUCCCCACCUCAGGAAGACCCUACAUCCAAAGGCCAGAGCUCCGAGGCAGGUGCCCCUUUUGCCCUCAAGGUGCCGAAGCUUGAAAGCCAUGUGCGAUCCCCGGCCUGGAGCAGGGAAGACCGAGACGCUGCAGGCUCCCCCAGGGCUGACUGGAUGGGGUCCCUGACCGGUGGAAGCCCUUGUAAUCAGCAGCCCCUGGACCUUUCGGGUGCGCCUGGUAAAAAUAGCGAUGGCACUGAUCAGGGGGAGGCGGUGCUGGACCUGAGCAUGCACUGCAAGAGCUUGGAUGAGAUCCAGCCAAAGGCAGGCCCUGCCCCCCAGUCACUGUCCAAGAAGAGGAAGCCCAACACCAGCAUAUUGGAGAAGGUGCUAAUGAAAGAGUACAGUGGAUUAGAGCUUGCAGAGGAGGAGGUGCCAGACGAUCAAGGUAGCCCUGUUGCUCAGCCUGCAGAGAAUGCCAUCACUGAUCCUUCCCCUGAUGUGGCUCCCUCACUCACUGAAGUACAUGGAGCCAAAUCAACUGUGCCAUCCACUUCACCACACCCACCCCCUCCCUCACUGACUCCUGUUCCCUUGAACCCCCCUUCCCCUUGUGCUGCGAGCCUAGUGUCCUCCACCCCACCCCCUCCUAUUCUGCCCACUGUUUCUUCCCCACUCUGCCAGCCCUGUCAAUCCCCCGAGUGUGGUCCUGUCCCAGUUCUGUCGCCGAAAACGUCCAAAUUAAUGCUGGUCGGUCAGGAGGGAAAUUCACCUUCUGCAGAGACUGGUUCUGUCACUGUGAAUUCAGAGAGACUGCCUGAUGAGGGUAGUUCAAACUCAGAAGACUCUAAAGAUCAGGAACAUCUCACCCAAUCCCUUAUCAGCCUAAUGAACCCAAAGAUUUCCACAGCAGAACCUUGCACAGAUUCUGAAUCUGUGUGUGUUCCUCCCUCGGGUCCUUCUGAACCCCCAGGUGACACCAGAAUGAGUCCAGUAAUUGAUCUUGGUGCUGACGAGUCUGUCCAGUCACCUGUAGACUGUGUUCUGGCUUCCAAGGCUGACCAGGAGCAUAAGGCAAAGGUGCAGCCACAGCCCCCCUCUCCCAGUCCUCCGAUUCUGGAGGCCUCUCAUCCGGCGCCCGCCUCAAAUGUUGAUCCCUCUGCCCCAUCAGAAAGGCUGCCACCCUCUCUCCUCAUCACCCAAGUGAUAAAAGAAGAAUCUGACCACAAGGAGGAGCCAGCCAACUCUGCCGGUGAUGCCCCCGAGAAGCCCACGGAGCCAGAGACAUUCUGUAAGAGCUUUGUGUGCAACGUGUGUGAGGAGCCGUUCUGCUCCAUGAAGGAGCUGCGGUGCCACAUCAUGGCCCAUGCCCAGGACUGGCCCUUCAAAUGCGAGUUCUGCGUGCAGCUGUUUGGAAAUGGCGACGCCUUGCUGGAGCACCGUUCCACCCUGCACGGCGUGGGCAGGAUCUACGUGUGCUCCACCUGCAGCAAGGAGUUUGCCUUCUUUUGCAACCUCCAGCAGCACCAGCUGGACCUGCACCCUGGCCAGAGCUGCAUGCACACGGUGCUGGAAAAUGGUAAACUGCGGCCCCAGAACUUCACCGACCCAACCAGAGCCAGUACCGAGCCCUUGCUUUCAACCACAGAUUCCAAGCCCUCAGCUGAUUGUGAUGAUAAAGGGAACAUUGUAAUGCAGAAGGAGGAACAGGAGAAUGAUGAGGAUGAAGAGGUGGAGAUGGAUGACCCAACAGAAGAACUCUACACUACAAUAAAGAUCAUGGCUUCCGAAGGAGGCAAGCGGAAAGGGCCAGACGUUCGCCUCGGAAUCAACCAGCACUAUCCCAGCUUCAAACCGCCACCAUUCCCCUACCACAACCGCACUUCUUCCAGCUCUGUGGAGUCUGCCACCAAUUUCACCACCCACAACAUCCCACAAACGUUCAGCACGGCCAUCCGCUGCACCAAGUGCGGCAAGAGCUUUGACAACAUGCCUGAGCUCCACAAGCACAUCCUGAGCUGUGCCAAUGCCAGCGACAAGCGCCGCUACACCCCGAAGAAGAACCCCAUCCCGCUCCGACAGGCUGUAAAGCCCCUAAACGGGACUUUGUCACCUGCAGCGACCGCCAAUGUGGCACAUGCGACCCUCUACAGAAUGGGUCAGCCCAAGCGCCUUGACUUUGGCCCAGAGCCCACAGGCAAGACCAGGCUGAGCAGCCUGAGCAAGAAAGACCAGCUGGUCCAGAGAGGCCUCUCCCAGCGGAACAGGUCCACCACCUCCAGCCAGUCGGAGGAGGAGCAGGGGAGCCAUGUGUGCCCACACUGCCAGCGGGAGUUCACAUACCGCGGCAGCCUCAACAAACACAUGACUGUCAGCUGCCCCAAGAAACCUGCCUCCAGUGGGUCGAAGAUGCAUGCAGACUCGAUCACUCAAGAAAGAAACCAUAAUCUUCGCAGUGCCAGGAGAACUGCUGAUCCUGAAGUACAGAAGGAGGUAUCGGACCUGGGGAGUAGGACUGCGGGCAGAAGCAGGGCUGGCAGCUCUGGGCUGGCUGAGGGCGCCAACAGUGUACCUGUCAAAGCCCAGCCUGCUCGAGGCAGGCCCACUGCUUCUCAAGCACAGUUGAAGAAUCCUACCUCCUCCUCUUCCUCCCCCGCUGCCUCCAUUCCUCUAGGCAAGAAAAGCAGGGGGCUGCCUGCUCCACAGCAGUCCCCCCCUCAUUCGCCCCCUGCACAGCGCCCUCUUGGGAGGAUGCAGCGGGGGAGCAAAGAGGUCCUGCCAAAAAAGGUUUCUGAGGUGACAUCACCGUUGCUGCAGUCCAAGAAGGAGGAGCGUUUUGCUGUCAAGGCACGUGACCGGGUGGGCGGUCCUGUCACUCGCAGCCUUCAGCUGGCCAAUGCGAUGCCUUCAGGCGACACUGAGGAUCCCCCCAAUCAGGAGCCUGAGGAAACGCAGGAGUCCUCAUUGAAGCUGGAGAGGUAAAGUCCGACGGACAGGUGAAGAAACCCCUCAAGCGUGAAGACUGGCCUAUUGGAGCUGUCUCUUCUCAAGACGGGCAGGCUCCAUUGCCCCUCAGUAGAGAGGCAUAUGGUGAUACCAGUACCAGAUCAAUCCGAUCAGGGCUGUUGUUGAUUGCAAUUGCCACAGCUGAUGCAAUAGGUGGGGCUUAGGAUGUGGUACCUUCGAGCUGCAUAGAGAGUCAGUCCACGGUCCAAAAUUAUGACCUGUGCUAAAUUUGUGCAUUACAAAAAUAUUACAAGAAACAUUUAAAGCCCUUCACACCCCAUUCUGGAUUUCACAGCGAAACAUUGAAAAUGUUACUUGUACACAACCAACCUGGAAUUUUCUUGCUCUUAUUCUUUGGUUUUUGCAUCAAGUCAUCGUGAUUUUUCUUAGGAUUAAUGCUGUUAGGUAGCCCUAAUGCAUGCAAUAUGUUGAGUCUGACUAGACUGAUGUCUGUGUACAAUACCCCACUUUCAACACCCUGUUUACAGUGGCUCUCAUAUGGCUAUAAACAAAAAAAGAAUAUGUCUGUUUAAUUCAUAUUAUACGUUAUAGGAGUUGUGAUGCAGUCAUGUCUUGUAAGGAACUGUCAAAAAGUUGUUGUUUUUUUUUUGUUUUGUUUUUUUUGUUGGUAAAAGCAGUUGGUAGUGAGCAGUUUGGAAUGGGUCUGUGGGCAUGAGGUUUCCAGGUUGGGAGAGAAGGGGGCAUCUACCUCCUCCCCCUUUUCUGCCUGUCACAGCACUCACCAAAUCUGGUGAGCCCUCCCACCGGCCUUGUUCCUGCCUGUAUUACCAAGCCAACGAUUCAUGUUCCCGGUGUCGUGAGUGCAUUCUUUUUUGCAGCUAUCCUCUUUGACGUGAAGGGCAGGCUGCGAAUGCAGCUGCUUCCAGUUGUAUGGCUGAGUGAAUUCCCAUACUGACUGCAGUUUAUCUAAUGGAGACCUUUAAGGGUCUUUGUGAAUGAGAUGUGUUUGGAGCAGAGCCAUAAUUUACCUGCCUUUUUUCCUGUGAAAACAGAUUAAACUACGGAAGUUUAAAAGCACUUUAUGAAUAAAUAGAAAGAAAAAAAAAGCCUUCAAGCAUCAAUAUAUUUCCAAGAAAUAUUAUAGCAUAAAGCAUUAUCAGCACCAAACCUCACUGCACAGUACUCUUUUUGGCAUUGUUGGUUCUGACGCAUCCUUUUUUUCCUUGCUAGUGCUAGGUUUUUUUAAUGGUACUGUACAUUUUACUUAUCGGCAAAAAAUACUCGGUUGACAAGACUGAAACCAUGAAGGCAAAGGGUUGGGGGACAAAUGCAGGUAUAAUUAUUGGAGAUUUGUUCCCAAGUGCAGUGUUUGAAACGCUUUCUGACCCAGCAGGGCCAGAUGUGGAUUACUGCCCAGCAAAUUUGGAUUAUCACAGCCUGCCUCAUAUUACUACUCAGAUUUGAAAUCUUCUGUUGAAGACUUGAAGGUAACCAGUUGUCUCGAUGGGAUGGUGACAAUGUCCCCCCAGGGAUAACACAUCUUUUAUUUUUGACUUGAGGAUAUGUACAUUAUUUGUCAUUUCUCACACUAUUUCAUUAAUUCAUCUGUUACUUUAUUUAAUUUGCUAGAAACCGUUGUCAUACGUGCCGCAUGCUUUGCUUUGCGUUUUGGAUGUGGCGUCAAAUUGGCUGGCACUUUGGAAUUCUGGGAAUAAAGAGAGCCCAGCACAGUCCACGGAAUUCCAGUCUCUGUUCAUCUGAAGAAGGGUAGAUAUUCAGACGAUCAGAAAGCAAUAAUGAUGUCAGACAGGGUAUCCCAGAGACUUUGACAAGACAAAAGCCAUCCACAAUUGAGCAUGAAUAUUACACUGAAAUGGUAGCGUUUGGUGAAAAGCUAACUUGUGCCGUGUGAUGGCUGUAACUAUUUGAAAUGGGGGUUUGGAGAGGUGCGAGAUGUGCAAUCACAGCGGUCUGUUUCGUCUCCCCAAACUUUGAGGGCGGCGCAGUGUAUUUUAACACUGAAUAACACAAAAACAAAUUUAGUUUAAAUUAUUGUUUGUUGGUGAUAUCCUGUAAUCUGAUGGUUCUACCUCUGUGAAGAGCUUAAAACUAUGUUUCCUUCCUUUUCCCCCCCCCCCGUCAGGAGCUGUCUCCCUCCCCUCCAUGUACUGUAUCACUCCAACACAUCUGCAUCUGUCUGAAGGGAGAUAUAGUGUGAUGCAUGGCGUAAAUUUCUGGUAGCCUGUCUGUGGGAGAAUUAUGUCACUUGAUUAUAUAUUUAAAAAAUAUAUAUUUAAAAUCUUUUGGGAUGGUUACGUUUUAUAUGAUUUACAUGUAUGCAUUAAUAUAACUGAAUACCAUUUCUCGGGAGUUUGUGAAAUAAGUGGAUAAUGUUCUGUUCAAUGUUUGGGGUUAAGAAAGAUAAAGUGGAAAGUAAUCCCUAGUGUAAUUACAGGUUGUUCUAAUUGAAAUAUUAAAGACUUUUUUCAAUUUGA